AUGUCCGCUCUGCGCCGUAGAACCUCCUCGACCACUCGAGUACCGCUCCGAGAACUGCCAAUGUGGCAUAGGCGUGUAGACAACUCAUCGAUCUUUGCUACUCUGACCGACGAGAAUCCCAAGUUACACCAGAUAGAAGAAGAACUGACUAGCUGCCCCAAACCUGCCGAUCCCAUUCGCAUAACUCAGGCGGACGUCCAUAGAUGGACGGACUUCGACUAUGAGCGGGUCGCCUCCUCAUUAGGGAAGAUUCUUCGUUCAAAGUUCGACAACCCGAUCGAAACCGUCCUCGAGCCCCGCCAUCUCCGGGUCCGGGUGGAGGAGAACAUCGACGAUGUAUUCAAUCUUUGGCACGGCUACAUACUCAACUUAAUCCUCUACCUCCUCACACCUCAUCUGGAAAGUUUUCUUGGAGACGGCGAGCUGAACGGCUUCUUUUUCGGUAAGAAGCCUUUCUCGAUUACGAACACGGAAGAUGGUGGCGAUACCUACCCGGACUGGGGUGUAGCGACAUCGGGCAAUAGACUGCUUCUUGGCGAUACGAAGAUGGACCAAGCUUGGACAUCCCUGGAUCUCGAAAAGGGGAGGAAGGCCAGUCUCUAUGCUGUGCAACAGUUGGGCCAAUACUGCGUUCGUUGCAACACCAGAUACGGCUUUAUCAUUACACCAGCCGAAUUGGUAGUCUUUAGAUUUUACAGGAUCAAGGAGGUAGACGGAGAAAUCGUCCAUGUCGGUUCGCAAUCGCGGAGCAUUCCUUGGUCUAGCUACGGGCAAGACGAGUUGACUAGCAGAGCACAUUACGACCAAACAUACGAUUUGUCGUCCGCCACGGAAGCAGGGACCACACUGGGAACUGACCAGUCCGUAAAAAGCCCGCCCCCCGCCUCGGCAGCUACCAAGCGCAAGCUUCGCUUGCUGGAUGUUAUCACUGAAGAAGAGGACGAAGAGAAGCCCCCCGUCUCGGCGGCUCUCAAGCACAAGCCUCGCUCGUUGGAUGUUGUCACUGAAGAAGAGGACGGGGAGAGCAUCAAGAGGCCUAAAGCCAAGAAGCGACGCUACAGGCUUUAA